UUCUUUUUCUAGUUGGUGUCAUCCAAUUAGAUAAAGUGUGUGACUGUGGGCUGGUGACUGGAGCUCAAAGUGUCCUGCUCUUCAACGAGUGACUUCUUUUAUUUUGUAAUUCUUUAAAAAAAAAAAAAUAAAAAAAAAUAAUAAAAUAAAAUAAUAAGCUAAAUGAAAAAAUAAUAAAAUCAACAUCUACCAUUUUUAAAAUUAAAGAUGGGAGAACGGUUACAAAGUCUAAAAGGUUUUGUUUGUUCCUUUUUAAAUUGUAAUGCUUCUUUCAGCAAGUCCUGGAAGCUGGAGGCUCAUCUCUGCAAACACACAGGACUUAAGCCAUUUGCCUGUGAGAGCUGUGAUAAAAGCUUCUCUACCCGUUAUCAGCUCACGAGGCACAAGCUGAGUCACAGCGGUGAAAAACCGCACAAGUGUCUGGUUGAAGGAUGUGAUGCGGCCUUUUUCACAAACGCUGGCUUGAAGAAUCACAUCACUCAAGCUCACGAGCACCAGAAAAAGCAGUAUCAAUGUGACUAUCCAGGUUGUGGAAAAGAAUUCAGCAAGAGGUACCAGCUACGUGCCCAUCAGUGUGAGCACAACAGUGUGCUGCCCUUCCACUGCACUUCCAAUGGCUGCACUAAAGAAUUCCCCAGCCGUGCCAAACUGAAGCAUCAUGAGAAAAUGCAUCAAGGUUACCCUUGUGAAGAAGAAGGAUGUCCAUUUCAGGGGCAGACGUGGACUGAAUAUCAGACACAUAAGAAGGACCACAGAGUCAAGCUGCCGUGUGAAGAGUGCAAAAAGCUGUUCAACAACGCCUGGCUGUUACGCCGGCAUCAGCUCGGUAUUCACUCAGAGAAGAAGGUGCUUGUGUGUCCGAGGGAAGGAUGUGACAAAAAGUUCACUCUGCAGUUCCGUUUGGAGAGUCACGUGCUGGGAGACCACGAGGGCAAGAAGCCUUUCAGCUGUGCCCAUCCAGGCUGUGGGAGAAGCUUUGCUACAGAGGAAAGUCUGUGGCGACAUGGAGCCAUACAUGACCAAACAAAGAAAAAGAUGAAGAAGCUGCAUUUUAAUAGGAACUGGGGUAGACCUGCUGCAGAGCAGGUCAUGGUGACUCCUGAUGACGCAAUUGCUCAGACACUCGCUGCAAAGCUUUGGGAUGCAGAUCUGGAGGACACCCAGUGACAAGGCUGCAAUUUAUCUCAACAUCUCACUGGAGUUUGAAGCACUUUUUGUUUUGCCACUAUUCAUUUACUUUAAGAAAAUGAGGAAAUAAAGUCACAUCACAGCA